UUUGAUGAAAAUCAGGGUUAAUUGAAGGAGCGCUGCUCCUCAGUCACCUGGUCGGAUGCCGGGUGUGAUGCAAGGGUGAAAUCCUGAGAAACUAACGGAGCGUUCCUCCCCCUCGCCUCCUUUCAGUGGAGUCAGCCUAAAUUGUUAAUGAGUCACAUCCUCUGCAGUCUUGACCUUGUGAGAAAGUGGGCAGCCAGGAGUCACUCAGCUUCCAGGAAUCCACGGUUGCUUCCUCUCAAACCGACAGUGCUGCUGAUUAGACGGGGAGGGACGGCUCGUACCUGCCAGGUGGAGGUGAAUGCUGCUUGGUUAUUGGCUGAGAGGAGUUAAAUAGGAGUGGUAGACUCCUCCUACUUCCCGUCUGCUCAAAAGCUGUGGUGGAAACGACCUAGGAACGAAAAGAGAAGGGAAGGAGAUCACAUCUGAGACUGAGACGUGCCAGACUGAAAUAAAGUGUGUUCCUGAAACGCUCGGACGUGAAGCAAAGAUGGCCUCGGUCGAACCAUUCAGCCGCAGACAGUGGGCGACGCAGUCACUGAGGGUCACAGCCAAGGAGCUGUCCAUCGUCUCACCCCGGGGCAAAAACAACGCCAUCGCCGAGCGCUUUUCCAAGUACCAGAUGGCAGCAGAGGAGGGGAGCGCAGAGAGGAAGAAAACGGUUGUGGAACCUCUGUCUUCGAGUCUGCGCAGUGGGAAUCUGAAUGUUUUAAAGAAGCGCUGGGAGGAACAACAGCAGCAGCAGCCGUCGCUCUCAUUCAGCCACAGAGCCCAACCUCAGGCCACAUCCUUCAGCUCUUCCGUCUGUCACGUCAGUCCAUCAACAGGCCCCCAACCCACAUCCACGUCACAAACGCAGACCCAGCCUGACACUCUGAACUCUGCCUCACUUUCACAGGACCAGGAAGCAGAGCUAGAGACCCGGGGUCACUCCGAGACCAGCUUCAGGCAGCAAGCUCAUCCCGAGGAUCCGACCGACAUGGAGGUGAAUCCCAGCAGAGGUUCAGAGGGACACGAGGCGGCAGCAGCUGAAGUUCCUGACUGUGAGAAGCCCAGCGUUCCCCUCAACAGCCUCAAGAUGAUGUUUGAGAAAGGAGAGAACCACGACGAGGUAUCCAGAGAGCAGACCGGCAGAGGAACAAACGGUACCACCAACAUGGACCAGCUGCUAGGAGAUGGAAGUCUUGCAGACUCCACUCCUCUGCGGGACAGGAUGGCCCUCUACCAAGCAGCCAUCUCUAAACAGGAAGUCCCGACUACUUCAGUCAGUAGUGAUCAGCUGGACAGUUUCUGUGUGAAGCAGAAGGAGAAUGUCCCUCCGAGUCCUCUGGACAGGAGUCCAGAGUCUGAACCAAACAGCAGGAGAGCUCUGACCUCGGAGAACAACGGCUCUGGUCCCGGCACUCCCGCAUCCUCCCAUCAGAAAGAGUCUCCUCAGGCCAAGACUCCCAGGAACUUCCGCCUUCCCGUGAGGGAGACCUGUGUGGCGUGCCUGAAGACCGUCUAUCCUCUGGAGAGGCUGGUGGCAAAUCAGCACGUUUACCACAGCUCCUGCUUCCGCUGCUCACACUGCAACACCAAACUAAGUUUGGCGAACUACGCCUCCCUCCACAACAACGUCUACUGCAAGCCGCACUUCUGCCAGCUCUUCAAGGCCAAGGGGAACUACGACGAGGGCUUCGGCCACCGGCCCCACAAAGAGCUGUGGGAGGGCAAAGGCGAGAGCGGCGAGAACUCGCCUCAGUCCAACUCUCAGGCCAAGCCUAAGAUCCAGAGCCCGGCCCCGGCUUCGGACCUGGACAGCCCCAGCGUGGAGGACUCCCCGCUGGCUAAAGUCAACAUCUUGACGGCCACCAUGGAGGCGCUGGGACAAGGGUCGGCGGAGAAGAGCGACCGACCCACUGAGACCCGCAGGCUGAAGAUUUCCUGGCCACCGCGCACCGAGCCGGAGGACACGCCGAGCCGCAACGAAGACGCCGCAGACGGCGGCUCAGCCUGCAAGUCCAUCAGAGCCAAGUGGCCCCCGGAGGAGGACUCCCCGUCCUCCCCCGCCGAACAGGACCGAGGCUCGCCCUGCCUGCGCCGGAGCUCUUCCCUGAAGGAGCGAAGCAUGGCCUUCACUCUGGCGGCACAAGCCGACAGCGCCCCCGAGCCCAGGAAGCGGAGCCCGCCGCCCCCCGUGGACGACGGACAGCUCAGCCCCGAACCCUGCGGCAUGGAGCUGCAGCACGGGGGACAGUCGUCCGCCAGCCAGACUCCCACCGAAGACAGCUGCGUGGACGUACACACCAGCUCGGGAGAGGAGGAGCAGGAGGGCGAGAUGAAGAGCGAGGACAUGACCGACCAUCUCGCACCAAGACGACCUGAACAGGAGGAGGAGCAGAUGAUGGAGGAGGAGGAGGAGGAUGGCGGCGUGUUGGAGGAAGAGAUGCCUCCUGAGAAACAUCAGGAGUCUCCCACAGAGCCGACGGCCAUCUCCUCCCCCGAGGGGGAGGUGGAGGCCAGCCGGUCGUCUCAGGACGUGGGCUUCUACGACAGCGAGGAGGUGGAUGAUAAAGAGGAGGCGCUGACCGUGGAGGAGAUGAUCAAACGGAACCGAUACUACGAGGAAGAGGAGGAGGAAGAGGACGUAUAAACUGGAUCCUCUGCUCUCGGCCAACAGACACUCCUUACUGUUCCUUCUUUUCUUUGUUGUUUUUAGAUGCUCUCUUCGUCCCUUCUUACAGGAAGUUGAUGCCGUGGUCUGUGAACUCUACUGAGCUCUUCAUUGGUGCCUCUUUGAAAAGUCGAAAACAUUUGAAGCCAUUCCUACAAGACAGUAGACUUUUUUUGGAAACGCGUGUCACCGCCGUAAAUUUGUUUUUAAAUGUAAGAUAUUUAAAAUUAUACCCCGUGUAAUAAAUAUUUUUAAAACAAGAGGUUAUGAGACAGAAUAGACGUUUUAUUUUUGUGCGUCUGACUUUUGUAAUUUUCUAUUUUCACUGAUCUGAUCGAGCCAUGGAAACCAUCAUGUGGGGAAAUUUACCACUUCCUUUUGACUGAACGUCGGUGUGGAGAACUCAUCUGUCUUAUGUACACGUUAAACUGCAAACAGACACUUUUAUGAUCCCGUGCUUCCAAUCUGGAGCCUUAUAACUGGAUAUGAAUAAUGUUGUACUGUUGUUUUUAAACCAGGGGACCAAACAUCCUCCAUUUAUAUGGUUUCAAUAAACUGUUACGUCCAAA